CAGGCGGCUACAUGCGACACUGGAGUAGUUCAUACAGCAGACGCGCACCUCACAUCCCAUUCAGAGAGUUACAGCUGCAUCAAGGUUCUGACCCAAGCUGACGGGACAGAGGGUUGAGGGAAUCUCCUAGCAGAAAGCAUCAUGGGAGGAGCCGUGGUAGACGAUGAGCCUAGUGAUGUGAAGGCGCCAGACGGAGGGUGGGGCUGGGCCGUGCUGGCCGGAGGGUUUGUCAUCACUGGGUUCUCCUAUGCCUUCCCCAAGGCUGUCAGUGUGUUUUUCAAGGAAUUGAUCAGAGAGUUCGGAGUGGGAUAUAGCGACUGUGCAUGGAUUUCUUCUAUACUGUUGGCCAUGCUCUAUGGCACAGGUCCACUGUGCAGUGUGCUGGUGAACAAGUUUGGGUGUCGGCCAGUGAUGAUGGUGGGAGGGCUCUUUGCCUCCUUGGGAAUGAUUCUGGCGUCCUUGGCCACCAGUAUCAUGCAUAUUUACCUCUGUACUGGAGUUAUAACGGGUCUGGGCCUGGCACUGAACUUCCAGCCAUCUCUGAUCAUGCUGAAUCGUUACUUUAGUGAGAAGAGGCCUCUAGCUAACGGACUGUCUGCUGCCGGGAGCCCCGUGGCCCUCUGCUGCCUCUCGCCUCUGGGACAGGUACUGCAGUACCACUACGGUUGGAGAGGCGGUUUCCUCAUCCUGGGAGGUCUGCUGCUCAACUGCUGCGCAUGUGGGGCCCUGAUGAGGCCCCUGGUGGGCCCCAAGAAGCCCCAGGACCAGGAGUUACAGGCUGUAGACCAAGCAGAAAAAAAGCCUAAACCUCCAAAGAAGCUCCUGGACUUUAGCGUAUUUAAAGACCGAGGUUUCCUCAUCUAUGCCAUAGCUGCGUCCAUCAUGGUACUGGGUCUGUUUGUGCCCCCUGUGUUUGUGGUGAGCUAUGCCAAGGAGAUGGGGAAUGAAGACACCAAGUCUGCCCUCCUCCUCACCAUCCUAGGGUUUGUUGAUAUCUUCGCCCGGCCCACGUGUGGGCUGAUCGCGGGGAUGAAGUGGGUCCGUCCUAGAUGUGUGUAUCUGUUCAGCUUCGCCAUACUCUUUAAUGGCAUCACCGACGUGGUCAGCUCACAGGCGACAGACUAUCCUGGUCUGGUGGUGUUCUGUAUCUUCUUUGGCCUCUCUUACGGGAUGGUAGGGGCGCUGCAGUUCGAGGUUCUCAUGGCCAUCGUGGGCACCAAGAAGUUCUCCAGCGCUUUAGGGCUGGUGUUGCUCAUGGAGGCAAUCGCUGUGCUGGUGGGACCGCCUGGAGCAGGUCGUCUGCUGGACACCACCCAUAACUACAUGCACGUGUUCCUGCUUGCUGGCUGUGAGGUCAUUCUGGCCUCCAUUGUCAUCUGCCUGGGCAACUUCCUGUGCAUCAAGAAGAAGCCAGAUGAGCCCGAAGCCCAUCUAGAGAAUGGAGCCCCCGCAGAGAUGGAGAAGCUCAACAGCCUGCCAGAGGGAGGGAAGACUGAGAGCGAGCAGCCGGACGGGGUGAGGGCAGGCUCGGGAAAGGCGAUGGAGGGAGCAGAGAAGAGUGGAGGGGUGGGGAACCCAGAGACGGCUCUGUGAUAGAGGGGAGAUUGCUAAUGAAUUAAGGAGAGAGUGACUGAUGAGCCCGAUGAAGCACCAAUAGGGAAGACAUGAGUACACACACUGACGGAGGGAGGGAGGGAUGGAUUGCGGUGCGCUGUACGUGUUUGGUGUUGUGUACUUUAAUAUGCACAGUGUUACAUAGUGUUGUUUUUACAGUAACAUAUCUAGUGUUGAUAUAGGAGUUAAAUUAACUCUAGGUGUUAAAUUAACACUGAGUGGUGUAAUAGAACCCCAAUGUUGGUGUUAAUAACCAGCUUUGACUCCAAUCAUUAUCAUAUUUCCCACCAUGGUAAAUUGCAUGUUUUUUUUUCAAAUCUUUGUUUUAUGUUUUUGCAGAUUUAAUUAAUCUUGUUCUACUCAAAUAUAACGUUCAUUUUUCUAAACUAAUCCAAUAUGUUACCUGGACUUAUUGCACCCGUUACUAAAAUGGUUGUUCCAGUUGAGAUACUUUUGGUAGUCUCCUACAGUAUCUUAGUAUUCCCAAUCAUUCUGAAUAAACAAUAAAACAUUCCAAAUGUUGGAUAUCCCACUCUGGCUGGACUCCAUUAGGAAUUACACAUCACUUUGCAAGCCAGCAUAAAUGUACUUGCAGGCCAAACCAUGAGCUUCAGGCCACUCACAGGAUACAUCAAAAUAAGGCCUUAUGAAAUAUGUAUUGUCAUAAAGAAUUCAAUUGUAAUGAUAACAUUUGCUUAGGAUCUCAGUUGGUGAAGGCCACAAGACUGAAAAUGAACAAAUGCAACAGCCAUGUCUCUGUCAUUAACAAAUACAGUCAUGGGUGGUAACUCCACAAUUUACUUGAAAGACAACCUGGGAAAUUUGAAAAUAAGGCUUUACACUAAGCGGUUUGUUAAUUUAACACUGGAAAGUGUGGACCCAUAUAGACACUGGAAGAGUGGUAGAUUUAACACUGGAGAAUUUGCUGUGUACAGACCAGCACGCAUACCAGAAAGAACACUAAAUGUUUUCUGGACUCGCACUGCCACACACACUUGCAGGAACCAAAGAGCAUGCGCACACACACCCAUUCAACCUUGAACUAACCAAUACUUGUCACUGCCUGACUCAUCAGUUGUUGAUACAGAAAAUAAUAAGGAACAACUUCAUUUCCAGGACAUUUCCACAGUGACGGUAUUUGUUUAUGGAGACACUCCCCAGUGAGGAGAGAUGAAAGAAACAAUGGAACUCUUCUUUCCUCCUGAGUGACAGUGGCUUCCAGUGACGUGAGAUCUUGAAGUGACUUCUUUUCAAAGACAAGAAACAUCUCUGUAUGAGAAGAGUUUUAUUUUAAUUUGAUUUUUUUAAGACCUCGAGCUGGUUUCCCAAAACCAGAUUCAGCUUAGUCCUGGACUGAGAAACAUGCUCAAUGGAAAUUCUUAAUUGAAAGUGUUUUUUAGUUCAGGACUAGGUGUGAUCUGUGUUCGAGAAAGUAGCCACAAAAUAUUAUUUCAACUACCCAUGUUGUGGCAGGUUGCAGGCAACAUGGGUUAUUGUAUGAUUGAUGGUGUGACAUAUACUAUUUUAUUAAAGGUCCAAUGCAACAGUU